AUGGCAGGUGGCCGCGAACCUAUCGCAAGGUCGCGAUGCGCAAAGGUCAGUGGAGGUCGCGCGAGAGCGUAUCGUGGAUACUAUGCGCCUCCUAAAGCUUUUGUACCUAUCCAUUUGGUUCAAUCGCGGAGUCUGCCUUGGCAGGCCGCGGCCAUCUUGAAUGCGCCAUCGGAUGAGCCCAGCGGCAUAUGGCAAACUCCAAAACUUCUCAGCUGGUUGGAUCCGGGAAGCUUGGCUUCCCCUGGCGACUCUUUCCUGGCAGAGCCGGACAGCCCCGCCCUUGACUACGUCAUGCGGUACCCCGCCCCAACCGACGACGACCCAGAUCACCCGGACUGCACCGCCGCCGUAGCGACCGCCUCCCUAAUGGGCCCAGACCUGCACGGCGCGCUGGAGCCCGACGGCGGUGAUGACGUCAGCAGCGGUAUCCCAGGUGCACGAGGCAGGGGGGGCGGCUCUUCGCUGCUUGCGCAGCUGCGGCAGCGGGCGCUGGCGGGCAGCAGUGGCAGUGAGGAGGAGGAGGGAGGCCGCGAGUGGCAGUCCUUGGACAUCCCCACGCUGCUUCUGAGCCCCCACCACGCGGCCGCCCUGCACUCGCUAUCCUCCGAGGAGGGGGAGGAACGGCUGGACACGUCAGCAACAGCAGCAGCAGCAGCAGUACUACAGUCGCUUACGGGCCUAGAGACGGGGAUGGACCUGGGAACGGCCGGGGAGGCGGACAGGGCAGCACAGGUUGCGGCCGAGCAAAUGCCUCCGGAGUUUCACGUGUUGGCCCGAGCUGCCACCUUGUUGCGCCAUCACACUGACCGUCAAGGCCGUCUUGACUUGACGGGAAGGAUCGGCAGUAGCAGCAGUACGAAGAUUGUCGGUGGCGGUAGCGGCGGCGGUGUAAGCAACGAGGUCGGCAGCUUCCACUGGGCAUCUGGGGGAGGUGGAGUCGCUCCGGAACCAGACCUGAGCCCACUUGACGAUCUUGACACUAUCCUUCAAGAGGCCAACCGGUUCGCGGGGCUCUGUGAUGGGCCUCUGACGGACGAGCAGCUGGAAAUGGUGGUGGCCAUGCUGGGGGCGGCAUCGCCCUCGUCCGCCGCCGCCGCCGCCUCCUCCUCCUUACCCCUAUCCGCGUCUUCCAUUGGAGACUGCGGCGGAGGUUGCGGUGAUGUGGCGGAGGACGUCGGGGCUACUGCCGCGGCAACGGAGGGGGGCGCGCUUGCUGUGACGGGGGCGGGAGUGGAUUGGAAUGCCGCCAACACUGGCGGUGGCAGAAGGCAGAAGACGGCGGCGGCAGCGGCGGCGGCGGCUGCCGCCGCAGCCGCGCUGGCAGAGGAGGGCAUAGAUUGGCUAGAUGCCGCCCCUGCUGCCCCUGCUGCCGUGGUGAUGGGCAGUCCGGAACACCCCGGCGGGGCGAUCACAGUGGAUCUGGAGGACCGUUCCGUACAGCUGCGACGAGCACCUUGUACGGCAGCGGCGGAGGGAGGGAUGGACAGGGCCACAAGGGAACGUGUGACGGCCGAGGUGGCGGCGGAGCUGGAGGCAGCGGAGGCGCACCUAGUGCAUCAUGCCGCCGCCGCAGCGGCGGUGCCCCAGCCGCCAACAGUGACCCAUGGGUCAAUGGGUAGCUUUGUGGAGCUGAAGACCUCUGCAUUGACAGCUGCUGCCGGAGGCGGAGCAGGCGGUGUCGGCGAGGUGGUGGCGGCGGAGAAGACGAUGGCGGCGGGCGGUAAGGCAGCAAUGGAUGAGGCGGCAGCAGCAGUGGCGGCGGAAGCACGGCGGGCGGUGUGGGGUGAGGCGGGAUGGCCGUACGGCUCCGUGAUGCAGUCCGAGGACCUGGUGAUGGAGUUGAAGGACUCAAUUCGGCGGCACCAGGAGGAUGCGGAGCACGGCUCUCCGAGCACCUUACUGCCUUGA